GGAGACUCGUUGCUCGGUACCGCACGGGGAUCCGCUCUGAAGUUGCCCUUGCUACAGCUGAGGUCUUCUUCCUGUAUUGAACGAUUUCUCUACCUACCAGUCAGAUCGCGCUUUUUUUUUUUUUUUUCCUUUUUUUUUUUUUAACUUCAUAAUACGUGGUCUCAAUCCCAGAGGUGUUAAAAGUUAUAUCAUUUUUGCUAAUUUUAGGGGGAGAGCAAGAGAUACUUUUUUCGAACAUACUUCAGUCCGAGCAUGCUUCCUAGUACUGCGACUCACACACAGCUCUAAGCUUCAUACUCCUGUGACAGCUUUUAAACGGUGCCUUUUACAAAGUGACUACAUUAAUUAUCUCUGAUAUUUAAAUAUUUAUAUUUUGACAUGCGACUAAGUUUCACUACUGCAGUGUGAUCCAGAAAGAAGCAUGAUAUUUUUGUCUCAAAAACUGUGCUAAACCAAAUCCACUAAGGAUCUAGUCUAUUUUGAGCAGUAUCCUGGAAGAUUUUAGGCUUAAAAAUUCCAUUCUGUACUUCCAUUUGGUUGGUUAGAAUAUGAGCUUUUGUAGUCUUUGAAACUGCAGAUUCACAUUGCUUGAAUCUAUUUGGAUGUCAGUUUUAGCAGAGGAAAUUACAGCUUUUCUUUUAUCUAGAUGCAUUAUUUCAUAAAUCUGUGUUUUUCUGUUAAUGGCUUUAACUGGUGUCUGUGGGUGACAUUAAGUAAUUAUAACAGAACUAUUUCUAAAUUAAAUCUUGAUUUGCAGUCUCAUUUCUAAAAAUGAGAAAAUGUAUUUUCUCCUUUCAUGUGGAGUAGGUAAGAAUGUAUUUUUUUUUAGUCUGCAAGUAGUGAAAUCGCUGAUGAAAUUGGGACAGAAAUCAAUGAUAAAAAUAUCUUUAAAAUGCCUUAUCGUGCAACAGGCGAAAUAUUUCUGUAAAGGUGAAAUGAGAUAAAGUUUGAAAAGUCAGAUCUGUUUGAGAAAAUGUGAAAGCAGUUCUCUACAGUAUUGAAAACAAAUUUUUUUGCAAAGUCUUAUGAAAGUAUUGUGACACUUGACGAAAGUUUGCUUAACUAGAAGACAUAAUAAAAGCUGAAGCAUUUUUUGGGAAUAUAUUUGUUUAACUGAAGGGCAAAAGGUUGUAUUUGGGGAUGCUUAGAAGUAACAGGUCCUUUCUGGUUUUGACUCUUUUGGGUUUUUUUCCUAGCUCUCUCUUUUGUUUCUGCUUUUUAAAAACACAAAAUGUCAGAAAUUAAGGAGAGGAAAAAAGGUAGUUCUUCAUCCAAGACCAAUGAAGGUUUACAAAAUGUUGAGAAGCACACUAAUUGUGGGAAGCGGGGAAGUACCAGGACCAGGAAUAGUCGGAGUUCUUUUUGGCUGGACUCAAGAACUGCUUUGAGUAUAAUGUCAGUUGCCUUUUGCCAGAUGCUGACCUGGUUCCUAUAUCAGCAGUCAGGUCAAAUUGCUGAUAUGGAAAAAAAGUACAAUUUCUUACAGCAAGAAACUGAAAAGUUAUUGAAUAUGGAAAAUAGACUUAACUUCAUUUCUGAAAAGCUUGAGUCUUCUGAAAGUGUCCUAGGAGAAGCUGCCUCAUCCCCCUCUGUGAUGACUGAGUUUGAGCAGGAAAUAUCUUCUCUUCGUAACUUAAUAAAUGAUGUUCAGAACAAUCAACAGAUCCUCUCUAGAAAGAUGCAGAGCAUUAAUGAGAAGGUCCAACAUUUUACAAAUUCCUGGAGAAGAAGUGUGGACGAAAUGAAUACGAACACUAGUGGUUUAAAAUCUGAAGUGAAGUUCAUACAUACAGAGGUUACUUCCCAAAUUAAUGAAGUUGACCAAAGAAUUAAAUCCCUUUCAGAAAGAGUAAAAGAUUUGGAAGACAGUACAGACAGAAAUAUUAGAACACUAAAAAGGCAAGAAGAUGAUGAAUUCUCUAGAAUUGAACAAAAGUUGGACUUGCAUGCAAAGGCAGUUGAAAAGCUAGAAGAAGAACAGAAUAGUCUGGUAGCCAAGGAUACAGACCUGAAUCAGAAACUUGUAAACUAUGAACCUAAACUUGAAGAGUGCAAGACCCAUUUGCCAACAAUUGAAAAUGCUAUUCACUCUAUUCUGAGAUUAUCAAGUGAAUUGCUAAGUAUGGAGAAAAAGAUAGAGGACUUGACAACACAGCUACAUAGUGUGGAAAAGGAUAUGUUGAAAACUGUUUCUGUUACAGUGGCGAUGCAGAAGGUUUUUGAAAGCAUGCAGUACAAUGACAGCAUCUUGAAAGUGCAGAAUGAAGUGGUUUUAGAAGAAGUAGCACAUGAUCUAGAAGUAUCUUCAACAGCAAAAGAAAUAACUUUAGAAAACUAUAACUUAGAAAAUGACCAGAAUUGAGAUAAGUUAACUUGGACUUUGGGUUUUAAUUUAUAAAAAGGCACUUUAAUUUAUUAUAAAGAAUGUGACUCCAACACGUUAUGGAUAGCUGAAAUACUGUUAUUACUUUAAAUAGGCAUUGGAUCAGACUGAAAGGCAAACUUAACAGGCAAGAAAGCAGGAAUAUUUUAUUGAAGGAGGAAAUUAGUAUUUUUCUUAAGGAUUAUUUUCAGCUUAUAUAUUAAAAGCUUGGGUUUUUUUUAAAAAAGGUAUUUUAAGCCAAGUAUUUAGAUUUAACUUAAUCUCUCUGGGCAAAUAUGCAUUGUACCUCACUUUUAAUGUAAUAUAUACCGUAAUGGUUUUGUGCUUAUGGUACAGACCUCUUAAUGUCAGAGUUGUUACUGGCAUCUACAUGUUUUAUUACAUGCAGGAAAGCACUAAGCACAUUUUUAACAGCUGAAGCUUAGAUGCAACAGCCUUAGAGGAAGCACUAGUAAAGUUCCUCUUACUGAGAAGCUUUCUUGUACAGGUAUUUAUAAGCAGAUUACGUAGCAGCUGGUGUUACUUUUUAUUUCUUUGACCCCAUGUAAAUAGCUUCCUUAGACCUCAUUUCCAGCCUUUUCAAACUUCAUAAAAUCCCUGGUAUAAUUUUGUUCUGCCAUUGAAGUCUUUGGACUACAUACAGAGUUAAGUUCUUAUUACCAGGUAUUCCUCUUAGGUUCUUCUUGCACCAUUUAAUUUGCAAGUUGGGUGUGAUCAGUCCCUAUUAGUCGGGGGGGGA